CCCUGAAUUUGAAUUUUGAAAUGAAUUUGCUCUGCACUCUCCCUUCUCACCGACGGCGAUGAGGCCUUCAUCGUCCGCCGAUCGUUGACUCUGCCGUUGCUCUCACUGCUCUCUCACCUUCCUGUCGUCGGCCACUCAAACCUUGGGUUCUCGAUCGCGCAUCUACCCGACUUUUCAUCAUCUCUCUCGAUAGAUCAACGCCUCAGGAUAUAAUUGCUUAGGAGGGAAGCAUGUAUGUGGGGUUGGCAGUCCACGGGAGUGACUGGGAGGCACCCAUUCUCCUAGUCUCUGAAUAGGUGAUCAAGUUCAAGUAGCUUCCAAAAAUUACAAAAAUACUUGGAAACUUUUGUUUUACAAGCAAACAUGGUUGAUGGUGAAAAUGGUUUGUCAGUUCAACGUAAACGUCCUCGAGAGAAAAUUUAGGAAAAUGAGCAAGAAGACAUGGAGUUUUUUUUUAUUGCUUAUGAAGUUCUUUCUUAUACUUCUUGUUAUUUGUCAUCGUCGUAAGCAUAGGUAUAGAGAACUUCAAUUAUGUGAUCAAGAUGAAAGGGAUUAUCGGAGGAAGAUGUGGAUGACAGAAAUCCAUCCUUUAGUUGAUCUUCUCGGUUGCUAGCUUUCAUUGUUUUAAAUACAUGAAUGGUAUGUUAAUGGAGGUCAUUGUUCCUUUUUUUUCUUAUCCAAUUUGUUUGUCUUGAGGUAAUUUAAAUAAUAUUUUGAAAGAUUAAAAUUGUUAACUUUGA